AUCAUUGGGCCUUUACCUUUUUUCAGACAGCAGCCAUGUGGAAACUACCAAGGAGUUUUUCGGUCACUGGUAGAUUGUGCUGCUUUCCCAAGGAUCCGCUGGAGGAUGUUGAGACCUGGAGUGAGUCCGUGGACAAAGUCCUCAGUUGUAAAGCCGGACAGAUAGCUUUGCGUGAGUUCCUGAAGUCGGAGUACAGCGAGGAGAACAUACUGUUUUGGAUCGCCUGUGAGGAGUACAAGAAAAUCAAGAACGUCCCAGAGAUGAUCUCGUCUGCAAACAGGAUCUACUCAGAGUUUGUCCAAACAGAAGCCCCCCGACAGAUCAACAUCGAUUGCAGUACCAGAGAAAACAUAACCAAGAACAUCUCCAAGCCGACCCUGAAUUCCUUCGACACGGCGCAGAAGCUCAUCUACAGCCUGAUGGCCAGGGAUUGUUACCCCCGGUUCCUAAAAUCGGAUCUUUAUCAAGGACUCCUGAGGAGGGCUGAUUCAAGGUGACUGUUUUCACAAAAGAAUAUGACGGCCUGACAGCGACAAUCAUCUCGACUCUGAUCUGCUGCGGCGCUCUUUCAUUUCAGUGUGGAUAACGGGUUUAUGCCAUACAAUCCAGACCCUAAUGUGUAGCAGAGCUAUCUUUCCCCUUACCUGUGUGAUUCAGUAGACAGUUAAAGCUCAAGAGACUCUGAGGCUUGUAUUAUACUUUAUCUCUCUAAUUAUGUUAAGGUUAAAAAACAAUCUUUAAAGAUGUCGAGCACAUAAUUCUUCUCUGAUUAUCUGUUUUCUCUCCGUGAAGUUAGAAAUGAAAAAGAAUUCCUUUAUUGUAAAGUAUUAUCAACGCUUUAUCUAAUUGAUUAUGCAAAUCUACUUUAUCAUAUUCUCUGAUUGAGUGUGCUGUAGAAAUUCUGCCUCAGUUGCCUGUUCU